AUGCUUGGCACCAACCCACAUGGCACCAAGAGCUGUGUGGCACCGGCCCGUGUGGCCCGAGAGCGCCCCAGCGCGGUCCUGGAAUCUCCUGGGGAAACACCAGAGCCGCUGGCCCAGUGUGCAGCCUGGCUGAUGGCCUAUUUCCAGGACCCUGUGACGGUGAAGACGCUGCCAGUCCCAGCUCUCCACCACCCUGUGUUCCAGCAAGACUCCUUCACCAGGAGGGUUUUGUGGAAGCUACUGGCGGCUGUGGACAUCGGAGAAGUGGUCUCUUAUCAGCAGCUAGCCAUCCUGGCUGGCAACCCCAGAGCUGCGCGGGCGGUGGGCGGCGCCAUGAGAAGCAACCCAGUCCCCAUCCUCAUCCCGUGUCACCGUGUCAUCAGCAGCAGGGGCACCUUUGGUGGCUACUCCGGAGGCCUGACGGUAAAGCAGUGGCUGCUGUCCCAUGAGGGGGCCCAGCUGGGGACCAGCCAGGUGGAGGCGCAGGUGCCCCCGAAGCCAGACGUCGGGCACUGGGAGACACUGCACACGAAGAUGGUCCACACCCCCAUCAUUCAUGUGCACACGGCCCACACGGACUCCAUACAGGGGCACCCUAUACCCCAGGCAGCCAGGGCAGGAGAUCUCAAGCUCUGGGUGUGUCCACCACACCCUGGCCUGGGCCGCCCUCCUGGUCAUUCUGACAGGGGCACAUCCUGCGACAACCAGCAGAACGAACUCAUGGUGAACAAGAACAAGACACCCUUGAAAGAAAAGCCCACAGUAAACUCCCCACUCCUGUGGCUGCGUACGGCCGUGCGGUCACUGGCCCGGAUGUGGACGGACUACAGGACGCAGCUGCAAGGAGCUGUGUUGUGA